AUGUCAAAUCCUGUUACCUACGAAAUUACAAACGCCCCUAUCACUGCUCAUUGUUUCAAAGACAACAAAUUGGUGGUUUGCCCAAAUACCAACGAAGCUCAGAUUUAUGAGUACAGCGAAAGUGACUAUAAACUGGAAGCCACAUUGAAAGGCCACGACAAGGUCAUUACAAGCAUCGACUUUGCGCCUCAAACCAAUCGUAUUGUGACUUGUUCGCAGGACAGAAACGCUUACGUGUGGACCAACGAAGGCGGUGUGUGGAAGCCGGGUCUUGUCUUGUUGCGUAUCAACCGAGCUGCUACCUACGUCCGCUGGUCGCCCAACGAAGACAAAUUUGCUGUGGCCAGUGGUGCACGUUGCAUUGCUGUAUGUUACUACGAGGAAGACAGCGAUUGGUGGGCUAGCAAGCAUCUGAAGAAGCCUAUCCGCAGCACCGUCUUGUCACUUGAUUGGCAUCCUAAUAAUGUGCUGCUUGCGGCUGGUUCGGCUGACAUGAAAGCGCGCGUUUUCUCCUCUUUCAUCAAGGGCUUGGACAAAAAGCCUGCCCCUUCGGUCUGGGGUGAUAAGUUACCCUUCAACACGGUAUGUGGUGAAUUCAGCAACGGACGAGGCGGUUGGGUGCAUGCUGUGGCUUUCUCGCCUUCCGGUGAUUCAUUGGCUUUUGCAGGCCAUGAUUCGUCCAUCAGCAUUGUCUAUCCCAGUCCCGAAGGUGGCCAUGUUACCUUGACGGUGCCUUCCAUGAACUUGCCUUACCGAUCCCUUAUUUGGGCCAACGAAAAGCAGAUUGUGGCCGCCGGUUUUGACUGUGCUCCUAUGCUUGUGGAGACCAAUGAUGGCCAGGACUGGCAUGUGGCUGGCUCACUGGACACUGGUCGCAAGAAGGUGUCCACUACUGCUUCCGUAUUGAGCCGAUUCAAGUCGAUGGAUUCUCGCGGACAAACUGACAAGGAUACUGAUUUGUCGACCGUGCAUCAAAAUACCAUCAAUGAGGUCCGUAUUUACUCUGGUUCCCGUGAUAAUGUGACUCAUUAUUCUACCUGCGGUGUCGAUGGCAAAGUCUGUAUUUGGGAGUUUGAUCCCAGUCAGCUGGUUACUGAUCUUGCCAACCUUAAGAUUUGA